AUGUCCUUCGAUACCCCUUUGGAUUUUGUGCGGCUGCUACUCUGCUUCACAUCCCUGUCAGCGCUAAAUUGCAACAACAUCUACUGCAAGAAUGAGCCUCCUUCGCCUGCGCUCGAUCUGGCUAGCAGGCGGCUUAUCUCACGGUCAACUAUCGUACGCCUACGACUAUCGCUAUGCAACCCCACUUUGCUGAACAUCCUGAUGUGUUCAACUGCUUUCCAACUCCGCGAUCUCAAACUUACUGCUCAAUUUGAUACGCCUGUCAUGCGAGUCCCAAGUCAAUACCAUCAGCUGCAGUCGCUCGCGGUCACUAUGACUAUAGGGAGACCAUUCGGCGUUGACCCGCCUUCAUUGAGGUUCCAGAAUAUCGUCCAACAGCUGUGCACUGUCGUCACAGCCGCACCCAAACUACGACGACUGCGCUUCAAAUGGAACGAUUUGGGCGAUGCAUACAUCAGGACCACUAUCAUCGACGAGGACCACUUGCCUCUAUGCUUGGAUCUCGAGCGGGCCCUUCUCACCCUUGCUCUCGUGCGAGAUAGUCGAGUUCCUGUCAACAUCACCUUCGUUGUUCCGAUAUUCCAAUCAUCCGACGAAGAUAACGUGCAGCAAACAAUUCAGACGGCAUUUCCGAUGUUAUACAAACAUGGCAUCUUCCAUCUGAUGGUAACACCGGCACUAUUGGGACGCCGUCAUUUCAUGGGGUCCGUAGCAGUCCUCGCAGUGUCCCCAUCCGGCGUUUGGAUCGCAAGCUCCAGCGACCCCCUCUGUUUCGUCCCCACCAUCAUCCUAUGGCCCACAGACGGCGGAGAGGCCGUUCGCGCCUGGACCUCCUUCGUGGACCAAACAGUAACCACGAUCGAGUACGACUGCGCGCGCCCGAAAAUCGCCUUUUCUUUCGACAGCACCCGUCUGGUCUCCAUGGACGGCUGGAGCAACACCGUCGAGGUCUGGGACACCCGCCAAGACACGCGCGCCGCAGCGCUCACCCACGGGGAGCACCACAACCACUGUUCCGCCGUGCUGUGGGCCCGCGACGGCACCGCACUCGCGACGUGCUCCACGGACGGCACGGUCCUCGUGUGGGACAUGCGCACGUACUCCCUCUUGCUUCGGACUUCUUCCGAUGGGCGGACUCUGGAGCUGGCUCACCCCAUCUCCCUCCCCGCCGGGUUCGCAGCUGCUACCACGCCGCAUCCGGACGCAGCGCCCGCGCGCUGCAGCGGCGCUGAGUACGAGUUCCUCCUCCAGCUGCACCUCUGCUCCGCGCACAUCUUUUCCAACGCCCUCUGCUCCGGGACGGCAGCACCCUCGUAUGCUCCGAAGGCGGGCCUGACGACGUCCCUACUGGCGUCGCCGUCGUCGCCACGGUUCACGGCGCGGGUGCGGUCGCGGGCACGAGCGUCCUGCUCCGCACCCGCGGCGGCAGCGUUCGCGGUGUCACCCGACGGCGCGCUUGUCGCGACCGCGUCCGCGAGGGACGGCGCAACGCGGCUGUGGCGAAGGACCGCGACCGGGGCGGACGCCGGCACGCAGUGGGAGUGCGUCGCGCGCUGCGUCGAUUUCGGGGGCCGGUGA